GAAGGUGUGGAUAAGAAGCGGCUCCUCCUCUUCCUCACACUGACUCCGUGUUUCAGUCAGAACAAAUCUGACUCCGCUCCUCCUGCUCCUUCUGGUCCUGGUCUUGGUUCGGGUCUCACCGUCAUGCUCUCCCCGGGACUCCUCGUGCUCGCGCUGGCCGCCUCCUGCGCUCUGUGUCCGGCCGCGGUCCGGGCCGCGUCCUGCGAGCCGGUCCGGAUCCCGCUGUGCAGAUCGAUGCCGUGGAACAUGACGAAGAUGCCGAACCACCUCCACCACAGCACGCAGGACAACGCGGUUCUGGCCAUCGAGCAGUUCGAGGGGCUUCUGGGUACCGGCUGCAGUGCAGACCUGCUCUUCUUCCUGUGUGCCAUGUACGCUCCCAUCUGCACCAUCGACUUCCAGCACGAGCCCAUCAAACCGUGCAAGGCCGUGUGUGAGCGCGCCAAGUCUGGCUGUGAGCCGGUGAUGAAGCGCUACAACCACAGCUGGCCCGACAGCCUGGCCUGCAGCGAGCUGCCGCUGUACGACCGCGGCGUCUGCAUCUCACCGGAGGCCAUCGUCAAGGCGGAGGGACCAGAUCCGUACUACCAGGACCCGUCCAGGUGUGAUCCAGAAUCCAGUCCAGACUUUCCAAUGGACUCUAACAACCUUCACUGCAGAGGACCACACGGAGAUCGGUGUCGGUGUAAAACGGUCAGAAUGACCAUGAAGACGUACCUGAGGAACAACUACAACUAUGUGAUCAGAGCCCGGGUGAAGGAGGUGAGGAACCGUGGUCUGGAGCCCACGGCUGUGGUAGAGGUGAAGGAGGUGCUCAAGUCUUCUCUGGUCAACAUUCCCAAGGAGACACACACGCUCUACUACUCGUCCUCCUGUCUGUGUCCUCCUCUGUCUCCUGGGGAAGAAUACCUCAUCAUGGGCUACGAGAACGAGGAGACGUCCAGGCUCCUCCUCAUUGACACCUCCAUUGCUCAGAAGUGGAAGGACAAGCUGGGCAAGAAGGUCAAGAGAUGGGGUCAGCUCGGGCAGGGCAAAGGUCGAGGAGGUCAGCGUGGGGGUCUGAGUCGCCACUGAGAUCUGCCCGUGUGUGUGUGUGUGUGUGUGUGGAUAUUGCACUAUCACUGAAUGUAGUUCAUCCCUUCAUUUGUUUUGUUGUAUUUUAUUUUCUUUGCACAAACAAUAUUUAGUGUGUGUGUUUGUCAGAGUGUGUGUGUGUGUGUAUGUACCUACAGCACUCAAAGACAUUAUAGAAGGAGGAGCUUUUUUACUAUGCACAGCCAUACAGUCUGUACGUGACACUUUUAAUCUCCAGUGGCGGCCAUUUUGGCUCCAUGGCCUUUGGUAAGCCUGGAGGUCGGCC